AUGUCGUUAAUUCCAUUACCAUCGGAUUUACUAAGUUUUCUAGAACCUUAUUUACCUCAAAAUAAAUCAAAUCGAAAACCUUUUGUAACACUAACGUAUGCACAAUCCUUGGAUUCAAGAAUCUCCAAAGGUCAUGGGAUCAGAACUAAAAUAUCACAUGAAGAGACAAAAAGCAUGACACAUUACUUACGCUAUCAUCAUGAUGGAAUUUUGGUGGGGACAGGUACGGUAUUAACAGAUAAUCCUGGACUAAAUUGUAAAUGGGUAUCUGAUAAUAAUAACAAUGACGAUAGCAACUAUCAGCAUAAUAAAACUUCUUCCUUAAUGAUGUAUUCGCCAAGACCAAUUAUUAUUGAUAUGAAACAGAAAUGGAAAUUUACGGGAUCAAAGAUGUGGGAUUUGUAUAAGGCAAAACAGGGGAAGGCACCUAUAGUGGUUAUCCAUGGUGAACCAAGACAACCUGAGCCUGACGUAUCGUAUAUGAUUAUGGACUCUCCCACAUUUGAAUGGGAACAAUUGGUGGUUAGGUUAAAGGAUGAAUAUCAAAUACAAUCAAUAAUGGUAGAAGGUGGUGCCCAAGUGAUUAAUACAUUGUUGUUAAGACCAGAUUUGGUAGAUUCACUGAUUGUCACUAUUGGACCAACGUAUUUAGGUUCCAAUGGUGUCGAAGUUAGUCCUAAGGGAUCACUAGAUUUGAAAAAUAUUAAUUGGUGGAAAGGUAUCAACGAUACAGUUUUAUGUGCUACGUUAUCCAAAGAAUAA